GCACUACGUGGGCGGGACUCCGGGAACCGUCCGGCUGGGAGCUGCAGUCUCCGGGUCUCCCCGACAGGCGGGGAUCUGCUGCUGCCCGCUAGGGGCGAGGGGAGGCGGCGCUCGGUGCCGCGGGAUGCAAUCUGAACCUCCUUCUGGGCCAGGCCGGGGGAGGGCUCUGGGACCUAGGUCGCCCGAAGCCGGCGGGCCGCCUUAGAGCCGAGUUAGCGUCGCCGCUGAACCUAAGCCCGGCUCGCCAUGGGGGAAGUGGAGAUCUCGGCCCGGGCCUACGUGAAGAUGUGCCUGCACGCCGCCCGGUACCCACACGCGGCGGUCAACGGGCUGUUGCUGGCGCCAGCGCCGCGGCCCGGAGAAUGCCUCUGCCUCACCGACUGUGUGCCCCUCUUCCACAGCCACCUAGCCCUGUCCGUCAUGUUGGAGGUCGCCCUCAACCAGGUGGAUGUGUGGGGCACACAAGCCGGUCUGGUGGUGGCUGGGUACUACCAUGCCAAUGCAGCUCUGGACGACCAGAGCAGUGUCAGAGCAUCUGUUUCCCACAACACUCAAGCAUCAAGCAGUUGUGCAUCAAGCAUCCAGCAGGCGAGACCCCCCCAGGCCAGCUACAGGGAAAGGCCACAGCUGCACCCACAUCUAUGAGACCUGGGAGGCCCAGCUCAAAUGGACGGGUUUUGCCCACAGUCGGCUCCUCACUCCUCUGAUCUUCCUUCUACACAGCCCUGGGCCCCUGGCCUUGAAAAUCGCUGGACGAAUUGCAGAAUUCUUCCCUGAUGCAGUACUUAUUAUGUUGGAUAAUCAGAAACUGGUGCCUCAGCCUCGUGUGCCCCCAGUCAUUGUCCUGGAGAACCAAGGUCUUCACUGGGUCCCCAAGGACAAGAACUUAGUGAUGUGGAGGGCCUGGGAAGAGUCACGGCAGAUGGUGGGAGCACUACUGGAGGGCCAGGCACACCAGCAUCUUGUGGACUUUGACUGCCACCUUGACGACAUCCGGCAGGACUGGACCAACCAGCAGCUCAAUACCCAAAUCACCCAGUGGGUUGGUCCCACCAGUGGAAAUGCCUGAGCCAGGGACAGGGGUGUCAGGAUCCAAUAAAGAGACUUGGGCUGAUGGG